AUGGCACAAUCCAACAUACAACUUCGCGAUGUUAAUGAUUACAUCGAAAUGGGUCCUGGAGAAUGGGCAUCAAGCCUGUAUCUAGAAAGUGACAAGCUCCCUACUCCUCUCAUAUCAGCCCAACGACGUGUGGAAGUCCUCAAGGUGAUGCUCCUCCACUACAAGGGUCUAUAUCCUAAAACAGAGUUGAGGUUGAGUGUCGAAGACAACAAUCGUAUUCAAGAGCGUUUCAGCAGGGCUGAGCCAAUAAUGAAUAGGUGUUUGCAAACUUUGCUUGAGAGCAUCGAGGCCGAAAUCCCAAAAUGGGGCUUCACACUCAAUCCUCUAAGGUUAACGAACAGAUACAACGAAUCUGAAUACUACAUCAGCCAGAGCAAAUUCCUGCCUAUGGAGUUCACGCUAUUGGGGUAUAAAUUGGACCUGCGUCCGAAUACAUUGGUUACGAAUGAAAAUGAUGAUUGCAUCGAGUUUACAACGUUGAGUACUUUGAGCAGCGGUAUUCUCCAAACGGUCGUGGAUAAUGAAUGCGAAGCACAUUGCGUGGUUCCAUACAUAUGCAACAGUGACGAACUUAAAUCGCCAAGGGCUACCACCAGUCCCCCGGAAGCACAGUCCGUGGUUCCAUACAUAUGCAACAGUGACGAACUUGAAUCGCCAAGGGCUACCACCAGUCCCCCGGAAGCACAGUCCGUGGUUCCAUACAUAUGCAACAGUGACGAACUUGAAUCGCCAAGGGCUACCACCAGUCUCUCGGAAGUACAGUCCGUGGUUCCAUACAUGUGCGGCAGUGACGAACUUGAAUCGCCAAGGGCUACCACCAGUCUCCCGUUUUCUACUGACGAGAGCGCAGACGAAAUCAAAGCUCCUAUCUUGAACUUGAACGUAACCGAUUCGGAUGCCUCGAUUCAAUGUUUGCGGGAGAUAUUAGCCUUUGCUGAGAAGGGGAAGCUUUUGGGUUUGCAGGUGAACUUCAACGCCAACUGCAAUAUUUACCAAAGCUCCGACUCCAGUGUAGUUCCCUCUGAUGUGAGGGUGGGAGACCACAAUACCGGAGGGAGCUAG